AGGAAGUGGGACCCACAGCCCAGCCUUCAGCCACCGUUCAACGGCUCCCCACAGAGCUGGGUUAUAAGAGGGGCCCAGCAAGCAGGAGGUCAGGAGCGUGGCCAUGGCUGGAAUCCGCCCAUCCCCCAAAGGGAUGCAUCCCUUCCUGCUGCUUGCCCUGGUCUUUGGUGGUGCAGUCCAGGCCUCCAAGAUUGUGGGUGGGCACGAGGCUCGGCCCCAUUCUCGGCCUUAUGUGGCAUCCCUGCAGCUGAGCAGGUCCCCUGGGAGCCACUUCUGUGGUGGCACGCUGAUUCACCCGAGAUUCGUGCUGACAGCUGCCCACUGCCUGCAGGACAUCUCCUGGCAGCUUGUGACAGUGGUGCUGGGUGCCCACGACCUGCUGAGCUCGGAGCCUGAGCAGCAGAAGUUCACUAUCACUCAGGUCUUCGAGAACAAUUACAACCCCGAGGAGACCCUCAAUGAUGUGCUUCUCCUUCAGCUAAACCGGCCAGCCUCCCUGGGCAAGCAGGUGGCGGUGGCCUCUCUGCCCCAGCAGGACCAGUCUCUCUCCCAGGGCACCCAAUGCCUGGCUAUGGGCUGGGGCCGCCUGGGCACCCGAGCGCCCACGCCCCGUGUGCUGCAUGAACUGAACGUCACGGUGGUUACCUUCCUGUGCCGAGAACACAACGUGUGCACGCUGGUGCCACGGAGGGCAGCAGGCAUUUGCUUCGGAGACUCGGGCGGCCCCUUGAUCUGCAACGGCAUUCUUCAUGGAGUGGACUCCUUCGUGAUUCGCGAAUGCGCCUCCCUCCAGUUUCCCGACUUCUUCGCCCGGGUGUCCAUGUAUGUGAACUGGAUUCACAGUGUGCUGCGGAGCGCAGAGCCCUGAGGUGCCCCUCUGUGCUCCGGGCAGCCUGAAACUGGGGCGACCACUAGCAGACUCCAGUGGGGAAAACGUGGAGUGAAGUAGACUGGUCCUUUCUAGGCUUUUCCGCCAUCCACCCACCCACGGACCCGCUGGAAUGGAGUCCGUUCUGUUCUCCAAUUCCACGCGACCUCAAUAAAAACUGAGAUAUAUUUAAAA